CAAAGGAUAUCAGCGAUGUUUUUCUACCAUCUGGGUGGACAUUUUGAGUUCAAAAUAUGAUUUGGAAAACAUGUUGCUUUUGAAAAACAAAUGAGGGACUCUUUGCUUGGUCUUCGGUGACCCUUGAAUCAUUGAUGGAAAGGUAAAAAAAAAGACUUUAUUGAGUAUUGAGUAUUGAGAUACUGAUUGGUCCUUUCAUGAGAAAUGUAUUUGUAACAUCUUUUGAAUGUCGUUAAAAAGCAGACUUUUUUAACAGAGCAGAGUAAGAGAGAGCUAACGUCCAUGUUCACAAAGAUGCAUACAAGAAAUGUUGCUUUUUUUUCUCUUUGGGUUUUUGUCAACACAUCAGUUGUGAAAGCUUACGUUCGCAUUGCUCGUUAUCUGACCUGGGACUAAAGGGUCACGUUUAGCCAAUAUGAACAGCAGCAUGUUCCCUCACAACCACACUGGUCCCAACCAGGAGGCAACUGGCCCGUGGGUCUUGGUGUUUAUGGCCUUAAUCGUCAUGAUCAUUGUAGUGGGCAACCUGCUGGUCAUCAUUGCCAUCGCACGCACCUCACAGCUCCAGACGAUGACGAAUAUCUUCAUCAUGUCUCUGGCCUGCGCCGACCUCAUCAUGGGGGUGAUGGUCGUGCCUCUUGGGGCCACCAUCGUGGUGACGGGGAACUGGCCGCUAAGCUCCACCUCCUGUGAGCUGUGGACCUCGGUGGACGUGCUCUGCGUGACGGCCAGCAUCGAGACGCUGUGCGUGAUCGCCGUGGACCGCUACAUUGCCAUCACGCGGCCCCUGCGCCACAAGGUGCUGUUGAACAAGUGGCGCGCUCGGCUGAUCGUGUGCGUGGUGUGGGUCGUGUCGGCGCUUAUCUCGUUUGUGCCCAUCAUGAACCAGUACUGGCAGGAGGAGGACGACGAGUCAGCCUUAGAAUGCUACAAGGACCCGACCUGCUGCGACUUCAUCACCAACAUGCCCUUUGCCAUCAUCUCGUCCGUGGUGUCCUUCUACAUCCCGCUGCUCGUCAUGAUCUUCGUCUACGCCCGCGUCUUCCUCAUCGCCACGCGCCAGGUGCAGCUCAUCGACAAGAGCCGCCAGCGCUUCCAGAACGACUGCAUGGCCGCGCAGCAGCAGCAGCAGCAGCAGCCGAAUCUCCACGGAAACAACAACUUACCGGCAGGAGGGUGCAGCAACAGCGGGGCCGGCGGCGGCGGCGGCGGGGGCCAGAGGUCCAACACCAAACGGAAGAGUUCCCGGCGACGACCGUCGCGGCUAAGCGUGGUCAAGGAGCACAAGGCCUUGAAAACGCUGGGCAUUAUCAUGGGAACCUUCACCCUCUGUUGGCUGCCCUUUUUCCUGGCCAACAUCAUCAAUGUGUUCGAUCGGCACGUCCUCGCUGGGUGGGUCUUCCGCCUGCUCAACUGGCUGGGCUACAUCAACUCGGGACUCAACCCCAUCAUCUACUGCCGGAGCCCCGAGUUCCGCGCCGCCUUCAAGAACCUCCUGGGCUGCCCGUGGCUCCGCACGCCAAGCAUGAACUCCCUGUACAAGGAGCUGAGGACUCGCUGCCCCUGUUUCCUGGGAUCGGCCGAGUCGGGCAUGGCCGGAUCGUUCCAGAAGGCUCCCUCGGCGGCGCUGCCCGAGUGCGAACCCGAGGGCAACGAAAGCCUGCACAGCAGUCAGAGCAGCUACCGGAGCGAGGAGCUAUCGCCAGUACCCCCGCACUCCAACGGCAGCACGCACUUCAGUGAGUUCUCCGAGCCUGAGACUGAAUUUUUCACUUUACAGGAAAAAGAUGGAUGAGAGACAACGGUGACACCCAAACUCUUGGAUAAAAACUCUGACGUCCUCUGGGAAUGUCAGGACCGCACGCGGCGCCACGGAGGGCUGGUUGCGGCCGACCCAAGACUGAUCCUGAUCCUAAGGCGUCUCGGAAAGACGAAACAAACUAGUCCAAACCGGACCAAAACACACAAAAAAAAACACCCCACAGACUUGGUUCUCCUGAGGAAUGAGUGGAAAAGGUGUUACCCAGAGGGCCACCGAUAAUCAGGGGAGCAGUUACCCACAAGUCACCUGGAUUGUGGACUCCGCUGCUCCCCACGUGAGCCAUGUAAUGGAGGUCAGGCCUGAAUGAACAUUCUGCAUCUGGCAGCAACAGAGUGGACUGAGCAGUAAUGGUGUCCUUGGCAUACCUUGGGCCACUAAAGUCAUCCCAACCCCUGCAGUCAAGACAAGACCGCCCCCUCCCCCAUCCCUAAACACAACUGUUAGGAUGUACUCUUUCAUGCCACAAGAAUGGAUGUCUGUAGAUUGUAGCAAAUCCGAUAUGGAUGUUUAAAUACCUAUGUUUAAAUAUAUAUGUUCCUCUGGUACAGUGUAUAUGUAAAAAGUGGUUGAAGCUCAAAUUAGGUUUUGUAUUUUCUGUUGUUGUAUUAAGUUAUUUUAUUUAUUAUAUCCCCUCCUUAUCUGUGGAUGUGCGAAAUGUUGUAAAGAGUGUUGCAGCAAUAGAGUUCUAUUUUUGUGCAGUUAGUUCAGCUGGCAACACACUUUACUUUUUCCAAGUAUAAGCUAAGUGCUUUGGCUCUGCUUUCUGUGUCUAAAUCCCAAUCGAUCUCAUAGUAAGUGUCACACAUAUACAGUAGUUGAAACCAGAGAAUUGGGAGAGAACUGUCUGACAUUUGCUGAAAACAUUCACAAGACCGACAUACUUUAAAGGAAACUUUGCAUUUAUUGACAUUUUGAAUGGGUUAAUCAUAUAAGUUAAUCGUAAAGGCAGUUCAUGGAGAACCUGAACUGAAUUACCCCUAAACUGAUCCAGAAACUGGCAAAACAUUUCCACACACUUCACUGCAAACCAGUGAUAGGCAUAAUAUCUGUAAACAUUUAGAGGACUUUAUAGGAAAGUCAAAAUAAAUAUUAAUUUAUAGUACUUACAUUUGAAAAUAUUCCCGAUAUUACUUGGGCUGAUUCUUCCAAGAACAAAUCAGGUGUUGGUCAAAAAUAUUCCUGAUUCUUUUUUUUCACGGUGUGCAGAGAUCAGACCUUCAAAGCCUCGUAAGUUGAGAUUGACAAGUAAUGUUGCUGCUACAAAUACUUUUCUUUGUCCUUUUACAACUUACUCGCGCUUGUGUGUAUACUACCUUGUAUCAUCUUUCAUUCUUUACCAUUUUUGAGCAUACCUUCCCUGAUCUGUAUAUAGUGACGUAAAGAAUGUCACGCACAACAUUGUUUUUGAUUAAAAAUAUCUUCAUGUGAUGUCCUAUGUCAUAGAAA